AUGAGAGGUGGCCCGCCGGGCGUGAGCGCGCGCCGCUGCCCCGCAGGCGCUGCCCUUUGGCGGGCUGUGCACACCCUGCCUGCGCGGGCCGGCGCGCGGCUGACUUUUUCCGGAGGGCUAGCCGGGCGAAGCGCGGGGCGUGAGCGCCUCUGCGUUUGUGCGGCGAGGCCGGGCGCCCGUGCGAGCCCCCAGCCUCACGAGGAGACCCAACCCGUGCGGUUCGCGCCCCAAGGCCAGAGGCCUGUCACCGCCGCCUUUGUGGCGGGAGAGAGGGAGCCCGAGCCGAGGGGCUGCGGGAGGCGGCGAGCGCCCCUCGGGAGCGUCUCCUGGAGCCCGCGGGCCGCCGAGGGGGUUCUCCCGGGCUCCGGGUGGGGGGCGGCAGGUAGGGAGGCGCGGAGGUGA